CUCUGUGACUUGGUGAACUUGGACUCUGUGUUCAGUCGGGCACCUCUCUCCCUCCAGCACCAUGUCUUACAACUUCUGCCUGCCCAACCUGAGCUUCCGCUCCAGCUGCUCCUCCAGGCCUUGCGUGCCCUCAAGCUGCUGUGGCACCACCCUGCCUGGGGCCUGCAACAUCCCCGCCAACGUGGGAAGCUGCAACUGGUUCUGCGAGGGCUCCUUCAAUGGCAACGAGAAGGAGACCAUGCAGUUCCUGAAUGACCGGCUGGCCAGCUACCUGGAGAAGGUGCGGCAGCUGGAGCGCGAGAACGCAGAGCUGGAGAGCCGCAUCCUGGAGCGGAGCCAGCAGCAGGAGCCCCUCGUGUGCCCCAACUACCAGUCCUACUUCCAGACCAUCGAGGAGCUCCAGCAGAAGAUCCUGUGCAGCAAGUCUGAGAACGCCAGGUUGGUGGUACAGAUUGACAAUGCCAAGCUGGCCUCAGAUGACUUCAGGACCAAGUACGAGACAGAGGUGUCCUUGAGGCAGCUGGUGGAGGCAGACCUGAAUGGCCUGCGUAGGAUCCUGGAUGAACUGACCCUGUGCAAGUCUGACCUGGAGGCCCAGGUGGAGUCCCUGAAGGAGGAGCUGAUCUGCCUCAAGCAGAACCACGAGCAGGAAGUCAACACCCUGCGGAGCCAGCUGGGAGACCGCCUCAACGUGGAGGUGGACGCCGCCCCCACUGUGGACCUCAACCGCGUGCUCAACGAGACCAGGGCUCAGUACGAGGCCUUGGUGGAGACCAACCGCAGGGACGUGGAGGAAUGGUACAUCAGGCAGACUGAGGAGCUGAACAAGCAGGUGGUGUCCAGCUCAGAGCAGCUGCAGUCCUGCCAGGCAGAGAUCAUCGAGCUGAGACGCACGGUCAACGCUCUGGAGGUGGAACUUCAGGCCCAGCACAACCUGAGAGACUCCCUGGAGAACACCCUGACAGAGACGGAGGCCCGCUACAGCUCCCAGCUGGCCCAGGUGCAGGGCCUGAUUGGCAACGUGGAGUCACAGCUGGCGGAGAUCAGGAGUGACCUGGAGCGGCAGAACCAGGAGUACCAGGUGCUGCUGGACGUGCGGGCCCGGCUGGAGUGUGAGAUCAACACGUACCGGGGACUGCUGGACAGCGAGGACUGCAAGCUCCCCUGCAACCCAUGUGCCACAACCAACGCUUGUGAAAGGCCCAUCGGGCCCUGCAUCUCCAAUCCUUGUGUCUCACGUGCUCGGUGUGGACCUUGCAACACCUUUGUUCACUAGAGGCCUCAGUGCCAGCAAGAGGUCAAGGGCUCCAAAGUCACAUCUCAGUUCUACUUCUGGGACCAGCCUUCAACAAGCAUCAGCUUCCACUGAAUUCCCAGCUAGAUCCUUUAACACAAGAGGCUGCAAAGUCCACCAAUGGCUCUGUCUUCUGAGUCCCACGAAGAAAUCUACAGCAGGAUCAAGUAAUGUCUAUGCUCAUAAAGAUACAUUUGCCUAAUGUGUUAUGCUCUAAUAUAUACUUAUCUGUGAUUUUAAAUAAUUACAUUAAGUAUGAUUGAGCUGGUAGGGAAGCUAUGAAACUGAACAUAAUUGGAAGAAAUCUUCCUUGUCACUCUUUUGGUCUUUGGAGAAGUGAUAAAUAUCCCUUGUUAAUCUCUUAAUAAAUUCUUAUUCUGGCACAAAAA